CUCCCUCACACCAUCCUCGCAACCUGCUCUGCUCUGAGUCUGCCUCGGUAUAUGACCGUCGCAACAUCACUGUAACAGAAAAAUAUACAUCUACUCGUCGUCCAUGUCUCUCGCCCCUUUCAUCACCCAGCUAGGUGCCGAGAUUCAGGAUGCUUCGGAAGAAACCUUUUUACUUUUCUCCCAAGACAUCCCCUCUCAAAACCUUGGCAUAAUCGACUCACACUCCCCUCUCCUUGAGCUUAGCGUUGGAUCUCGUGAUCUAUCCAUCAGACAAAGCCCCGCAGUUCUCAAUUCUGCUCGAGGAGGUGGUACUACAGGUGCUGUGGUAUGGAAAGUCACUCCGAGGUUUGCCGAAUGGUUGAUCUCGCCUGGAAACAUACUCACACAGCAUGGCAUCGUAUCUGCCGAGUCAACUGUGCUUGAGCUGGGCUCCGGGAUUGCCGGCAUUGUACCACUUACGUUAGCUCCACUGGUGCAGCAGUAUAUCGCUACUGACCAGGCAUAUGCUCUCAAAUUGCUGAAAGAGAACAUCGACCAAAACACAGCCUCGACGCCAGCUGGAACAAAGGAUAAGAAAUUCUCAAAGAAAGCAGUGCCCGUGCAAACCUCGAACCUGCAAGUCUUGUCCCUGGACUGGGAAACAGAUGAUGUUGAGUCGUUCCUGAAAACAAACGCUGUAGCGGAAGGCGUUGAUCUGGUCAUUGCUUGCGACUGCAUAUACAAUUACGCUCUGAUCAAGCCAUUCGUGCAGACCUGUGUCGAUAUAUGCCGAUCGAGACAAGGCCAACGGCCGACAGUCUGCGUAAUAGCGCAACAACUUAGACAGCCAGACGUGUUCGAGGAGUGGUUGGAAGAAUUCAACAGACACUUUACAGCAUGGAGACUGUCAGACGAUUUGUUGACUCCGCUAUUGAGAGAAACCUCAGGAUUCAUGGUUCACGUCGGCAUACUGCGUGGAGCGGCAUCGACGGCCAUGUGAGAUGGCUAGACCAGGAGGAAAGAGUGGUUUGUUGGGACAAUGAAGCAAAGACCUGCAUGUCGUGAGCAUAGACUCGUGCUACGUUGCGUCAAGUCACGGUCCUGAGAUAACAUCUCGGAUGGGAGCCGAAGACAUCGAUUCAGCGUUGAAAUGGCAAGGGAUGCAUGAUUAUGGAGUAUGGAAUGCAGCCCUAUAGUCGCUAGGAGGGGUAUGAAGAGUGGGCAGAAAGUUUGCUACCUUAUUGAUGCCUUGAUUUAGAAAUCGACAUGUCGUAUUAUGAUG